AUGGUGACAAAGCGGUUAGUGUUCAACAAAGAAAAGUUGGCAGCACUUAAAGAACUUACUUCCUCUGCUGCCAUUGGUUCGCUGGUUAGGGAUCCCACUCGGGUGGAAGCUGUUUCUGCUUUUAUAUGGAAGCAUUUUAUUGGAUUGACAAAGGCUAAAGCUGAUAAUACUAAACAAACUUUUGCCGCAUACCAUACUGUCAAUUUGAGAAUCAGAAUGAGCUUGCCGCUUUUGAUCAUCUCAUUUACAAAAGUCAAUGAUGAAUACAUCAAGAAUGUUCAGAGUGGGAUGCCAUAUCUAAAUACCUUGAGUAAUGAAAUGAAACCACUUUUUGAAGAAGAUAUGGGCUCUUGUUGUUGGUGCGGAUUCCCAGUUUAUGAAGUGGACUAUGGAUGGGGUAAGCCUGUUGUGGUCUGCACUUCAGCUGUUCCAAUGAAUAAUGUGGUAAUUUUGAUGAGUACAAGAUGUGGUGAUGGAAUAGAAGCAUGGAUUAACAUGCUGGAGGAUGAAAUUGCUAUGCUUCCUGAAGAGAUCCUUUCACUUGCAACCGAUCAUCUCUUGUCAUGCCCCUGA